AUGACGGUUACUAUGUCCAAUGAUGAGCGAAGCCCAGAUUCGCUCCGGUCUUCUACGAAGACCCCACCGACGACUCCUACCGACAAAUCCUCGAACGUCAAGAGCAGUAGUUCUGGGUUACGCGAAUGCGACAUCCGCUCCCAGUUAGAGGAAGAAGCGAUAGAAGCUGUGCGUGAGUUCUCGUAUGCCGUUCAGUCGGUUUGCAUCUCGGAAAUGUUGCCUCGCACCAGUGAUCUGUUGUUCCUGAAUCUCACUACAUUGGAGGGAAAAACCUACUGUAUUGAGUUGACUGCGAAAGGUUGGCGGAUUGCCAGCAACCGAGCAGACUGCAUGAAUGGUGAUUUCCGACAACUUUACAUACACACGCAGUAUUUUGAGUCUUUGAAUCAACUGUUAGAUUCGAUCUCGCCUUCAUACCGACAGCGAUUCGGCGGGAAACUCGCCGAAAAACUAAAUAAUCUUAGCAAAAUUGGUUAA